CAUAAUUCUGGCUCCCCGUCCUUCCUCGAACAUAUCACAGUAAGAUGAUGACAGCGCCUGCCAUCCCUUGGAUCACACGGAGUAACCAUGGCUCCUCCCAUGUUGGACCCCAAUACCUGGUAUCGCAUUUACUUCAAUGACCAGGGACUACAUUACCUCACAACACUCCCGAACGGUACAUCGGCAGCGUCCAAAGACAAAACGAUAUACAAUCUGUGGCAGGUCCUUACCCACGACGAUGGACACUUCUCGUUCCGGCAGAACCGCACUCAGGUCGAUUGGUGGCAACUUGGCACAUACCUCGAUCCAUAUGGUGGACAGGAGCCUGACAACAAACCGCAGCUUCAGGUCAUGACCAAUGACACGUCUCAGCGAUGGAACAUUGAUCAAUGGGGAGAGCAACUUCCUUGGAAGAUCAGAAACGUCGAGUUGGGUGAUCCCGUACUGGACUGUCACAAAGAGUUGGCCAGGGUUUUCAUGAAACUUCACCCGUCGACCGGUCUUGUCAAUCAACGGUGGUAUUUCACCUCGGUCGCAAAGGUACAAGAAGCAACAACUACGAGUACAGCGGCGACCACAACCGCCUCGUCGUCCCCAACCGCCACAUCUACUGCCCACGUUGUUACUAUAACAAGCGUUCCAACAUCAUCUCCAAGCUCUCCCGUCCAAGAAGAAGAGAGCUCUUCGGAUGGUCUCUCGACAGGUGCAAAGGCGGGAAUAGGCAUUGGCGUAUGCCUCGUUGCGAUUCUCAUUCUUGCGCCAUUAGUAUGGCUACUAGUCCGGCGAAGGAAAAGAAAGGCAAAGCGACCCUCAACAGGGACAAUCGACUCGAUGAAGCCUUUGCAAUUGCCUGGAAAUGACCGCGGAGGAGUCUAUGUCAAACCACAACUGCCUGGAAAUACCCGAGGCGGAGUCUAUGUCAAACCGCAAUUGCCUGGGCAAGGUAGCUUACAUCUCCAGCCAUCACAAAGCGGGCAGUUGUCUGAGCUUCAGGCAACACCCGACAUCCGACCGACUGAGCUUCCUGCAGACCCAAUGGCUAGAGAGAUUAUGAGUGCUGCUUCAGCGAUGCCACCGCGAUAA